GCUGUGAGAGGAGCUCUGGAGAACUGCCUUUCCUGGUCUUACUCUAAUUGCCCUGGCCCCGGCCCCGACAUUGUCACAGCCUUCCACCUCUGCUGCGGAGCACCUUCAUCCCAGGGAGUUUAUGUCAAACCAGGCAAAAGCUGUUAUUAAAACUACUGAUGGUUGUUUGCAGCUUCAGCUUGGCCCCAACAGACUUUUGCAUUCAGCGGCUGUAUCAGAAGGGUCAGGCCUUCAAGAUUGUUCUACACAUCAAACAGCAUCAGAUCACGGCCAGGAAGAAUCAUCAAACCCAGAUAGCUGCAGAUCCAAGAGUAAAAACAAUUCUUGUUUUAUGUCGCCAUCCAAGAGAAACAGACCUGUCAGUGUGCCAGCGGGUCAGCCGAGAUCAUCAGAGUCCUCUCUAAAAUUGAAGUCACCCCAUAAUUGCCAAGGAUUGUCUCAGAGAUAUGAACUUCAACCAAGAGUCAUUAAGGUGACAGCUUACAAAAAUGGAUCUGGAACAGCCUUUGCCAAAGUUACUGCACCAACCAUUGCCUUGUUGCUGGAAACGUGCACACACAAGCUGAAUCUGAACAUGGCCGCACGACGAGUGUUCCUGGCAGACGGCACGGAAGCCCUCAAACCUGAAGAUAUACCCCAUGAAGCCAAUGUUUAUGUUUCAACAGGAGAGCCCUUUUUAGAUCCGUUCAAAAAAAUUAGAGACCAUCUGUUGUUAACGAAGAAAGUGACUUGGACAAUGCAUGGGUUGAUGCUUCCCACUGAUGUCAAAAGACAGAAAACCAAGCCCGUACUUUCCAGAAGGAUGAAGACACUUGCUCAGAAGACCUCAGUACGAAUUCUAGUCUUUAAGAAUGGCCUGGGGCAGGAUGGGCAUGAGAUCACAGUGGAAAAGGAAACAAUGAGAAAGGUUUUAGAUGCCUGCACAAUGAAAAUGAACCUAGACUCACAGGCCAGAUAUAUUUAUGAUAUGAAUGGUAAAAAAAUUGAAGAUAUUUCAGAAGUUCCUCUGCUUGAAAAAUGCCUGCAAAAUUCCAUCACACCUUUGCGGGGACCACUUUGGGUCUCUAAGGGAGAAGGUUUCAGCCCCUCGGGUGCUAAGAUGUACAUCCAAGGAGUUCUUGGGGCCUUGUAUCAACGAUUAAAGUCUGCAAAAAAUUAUUACAAGCAGUUGAACUUGAUCGUGAAUGAUGAGAAAUCGAAAAUCACAGAAAAGGCCAUUCUUUCGAUGACACCAGAGGAAUACCAGAAGUCACAAGAAGAUGUGAGCAUGCUGAUUGAUGAAUUGCAGACAGCUAUCAAAAGCAACAGAGGUCAUCUCGCUAAGCUUGGCCCCCAAUUACAGGCUGAGCAGGAGCAGUUUUCCUCUUAUGUCUGCCAACACAUUAGGAGCCUUCCAGCAAACACCGUGGUCCCGGGAGGUCUGCAGCUCAAGGUAUUUGAAAAUGGUAAAGACACUGGAGAGAUCUCCGUUUACAUCAGUAGAAAAGAUUUAACAUCUGAUAGCCCGACUCACCACGACAAAACAAUGCAAAGAUUACUUCUCAGAAUCCAUCAACGGCUCCAAGGUUCCUCCGUCAAUUCACAAGGCCUCCACUUUUCUUCAGCUCGGAUUUUCGAUGAGCGUGGUCAAGAGAUUAAGAGUCCACUGCAGCUGAAGAAUGGGCAAAAAAUUUGGCUUUCUUAUGGGAAAGCAUACAGAUCUCCGCUAAACCCUGUUUUGGCUCUGACCUUUGACCAAGUGACUGCUUUUGCCAGAGAUGGUAUCACUGCUGUCUAUAAGACCCUCAUGGAUUCUGAUGCUGCUCCGCUAUUUGGAUGUGACGAUUGGGAAGUUUGUGAAGGAUUUCCAGUGAACAUUGGCAGCACCAGUCAACAGAUCCAUGAUUGCUUUGAAAAGGUGGCCUUGGAGAGUCAUUUCCUACAGAACAAGGCGGAUCCCAAUAUUGUUCUUUAUGCCUCUGUAUCCAUCAGAAAGCACAGUUCCUCAAGGAGGGAAGUGAACAGCAGGAACCAGAAAGUGUCCUGGCCUGCAGCCAGCGUGUGGCUGAUCACCAAGACUGGGAUGAUCCUGAGCAGAGCGAUAACUCAAGGCUGCCUGGCUGUUGGUCAUCCAGUCAGAGUCAAGAGCACCCAGGGGACAUCACUGGAAGGAUAUAAAUUACUGCUACAGAAAAGACAUGAAGGAGAUGAGUCCCAGAAGUGGACGUUUGGAACAGAUGGCUGUAUUUAUUCUAAGGCUUAUCCUCAGUUUGUCCUGACUUACCUGGAGGACCUCACUGCUCCAGUGGAUGUGAGCCAAACAGAGGACCAUAUUCACCACAGAGCCUGGACCACAGCUCAUCAAGAACACGGCAAACCCUGUGUGGAAGAGGGUUUGCAAAACCACACCAACAGUCCUUUGCUGAAGCAGCUGUCGGAACCCUCGGAUUCUCAGGAUGUGCCACGAGGCUCUCUAGAGGGGACAGGGCAGCCGGCAGUGGUACUGCUGAGAAAACUGGAAGGGAAACCUCCCAAGGCUCCUGCUCAGAGGUGGGCCAUAAAGCAUAAAGCGAUCAGGAAGCCCGGCCAGUGGAAACACUCCAAAGUUGAAAAUCCUCUUUGGAACAAGCUCACGUACAUGUGGCCAGUCCUUCCCAGUGGCCAGCUUAAUGAGGCGUUUGACUGGCCAAUAGAAGGUCUGCUGGUGCCGAAGAGCCCUCCCAUGAAGAGGCCGGUUUGUAAGAAAGCAGGGCAGUGUGGCCCUGUGAGACUCCGAAUUCUCAGGAAUGGAGAUAAGAAAAAGAGCAGACCCCUCGUUAUUGGCCCAGACAUCUCACUGGGGUGGAAAUCACAAAAUGUUAAACCUGAAGGGAAGGAGAAAAGCCAUGCUUCAAACUAUUCUGAAACAGAAAGAAACCAGAUUGAAUUUCAGCACCUUUUGGAGAGGUGCACUGAAAUUCUAAAUUUACCUUCUGCUGCUCGGAGGCUUUUCAAUGAAAAAGGGAAGGAAAUUUUUUCCCUGAAUGACCUGCAGAGAGAUGAACUGGUAUAUGUUUCAUGUGGAGAACACUGGGUUAAUUCUGACCUCUCCAUUGCUCAACAAAGGAAGCAAGUCUUCCUCAGGAGCCUUGAGUCUGACGUUUCCAAGAUUAAAACCUUUUGCAGCAUGUGCAAGGUGGAAGCUCUUGUUUUAGAAGUUCAAAGUGAGCUUGUAUCUGGGGGCAAGCUUGCUGUGCGUCAACCUGUAGUCAUUUUGGAAGAAGAGAAGCAAGUGAAAGGACCAGAGGGAACUCAGAUACAAAAUGAUGCUUUAACACCAGGAGAUGCUUCCAGAGACACUCUAGAUUCACAUGCGAGAGCACAUCUCCGCAUGGAAGCCUGUUGCAGGAUGCUCAAGUAUGCCUGGCAGGACCCUUCGUACAACCUUGCUGAUGAUGGCAACCUUCCAAAGAAAAUGGAGAAACAGUUCUUUGAAAAUGUGCAGCCCCAGAAGAAACACAGCCACUUCCCAAAGCACAGUAAAUUGCAGAAGCUACGUCACCAGGAGUUUGAAUACAAAGAUGGCCAAAUCAUUAGCCUUGCUGCUCCUCGGCUGGUCCUGGGUAUACAAGGCUCCAAACCCCGGUCAGGCACAGAGGUCGUUUUGGUGGAGAAGAAAUCUGAUGACAGUCACCAAUGCUGGACACAUAAAGAAGAAAGCAGGACCUUUCACCUGGUGAGUAACCCCAACCUAGUGCUGGCAGUGUCUAUGACGAAGACUCAAAAUGAAGCCCAUGGCUAUCCAGUUAUCAUUCAGAAAUACAAGCCACACAGCAACGGGGCCGCUAAUCAAAAGUGGCUCUACAUGGAAAGUCAGAGAGCAUUCAGAGCCCUUUACAGCACCGCCCUGGAUAAGGAAAUCACAGCGGCGAAUUCCUCUGGCCUUUGCACGUCAUCUGUCACUAAAGAAAACAUCGAUCAACCUGGUUACUAUUACCUCUCACCUGAUGGAAAGAAAAAGAUGAUGCUUUGCCUGGCUUGCGGACAGUGCAUGAGGGCAGAGAAGGGACUGAAACAGCUGCUUCCCAGUGCUCUGUUCUUCUGUGUCUCGGGCUCCGAGCAGACGUCCUUGCCACGAAGGCCUUUCAAGGUCAUCAGCAUUGCCAAGGCUGAUUUGUCUUCUUAUGAAGCUGAAAACACUCUAAGAUAUUAUGAAGAGCGUCUGUCCUCUUUGUGGAUGAAGACACGCUCAGGCGCUGCAUCUCACAGUGGUGUGGUAGCUUCAUAUCAACGGGCAGUGAAAAUCGUUGCAUACAAAAAUGGGGAAGGAUAUCGGAAUGGGAAGUUAAUUGUGGCUGGAACGUUCCAUGGGCUUCUUGCAGAAUGCACACAACGACUUGGACUCACUAGAGCAGCCUCCAAAGUCUACACCAGAGAUGGAAGCAGCAUCUUCACCUUGCGUGGCUUGGUUCUGUGGGCUAUAGGUGAAGCCCUUAUCCAGCGAGACCCCAAGGAGCAAGAGAGAAGCACAGACUCUGUUGGGACAGAAGAGAUAGCUGUUCAAGAUACAGAAGAAAACGCAAGAAUAAAAAUGGAAAACAGAUUGGACUGUUUGGAGGACAUAGAUAAAUCUUUGCUUGCUCAGAUCCUCAAAAGUCCUAUUGCCAUUUGGGUGUCUUGUGGUGAGCCAUUUCUGCCUCUAAAUGCUGCUGCACAGAAAUCAGAAAAAUUAAAGAAACAAAACUGGCUAAAGAGGGACCAAAUUUUGGCUGAUUUAGACACCAUGAGACACAAGAUGCGACAGUUGAAAGGGCGGCGAGUAGCAGCAUGUCAGCCAGCCACCAUGGUUCCCACCCAAAGCCCUCUGCAGCCGGUGGUGCUUGAAGGAGGCUGGACUGAGCCGACGCAAGAGGAAAUGAAGCUCAUGGAGAUUAUAAGGCAGACAGAGGCACAACUUUCUGAAGGCCAAGAACUACAGUCCAGACGCUCUCUGAUUGCAACUCAAUGUAAAGCAAGCCAGCAGCACAGCCUAUACCAGGGUCCCCGAGUGAAACGAGUGUGGGCUUACCGGAACGGAGGCCGACCUGGUGAUGGCACUCAUGCCUGGGCCAGCACUGUUUCAGAGUUGCUGGAUGAUUGCACUGCUCGUCUGAAAAUGUCCCACCCAGCAAAAACCCUGUACACCUCAAAUGGAGAGCUCAUUCAGUCAUGGGACAACAUAGAGAGGGAUAUGACUGUCUGUGUGUCUGCAGGACAUGGCUUUAUGACCUCAAAAGAAGAAAAGCAACUGGUGGACGUCAAAGCAAAUUUUGCCAGGAUCCGACGGCAUCGGGGCCCGGAAGCGACAGACAUUGUGGUGUCACCAUCCAUGAAGCUGCGGUCUCUCAUGGAGCUACACAACUGACCUCAGCCAGAACCUCAUGCUUGUGCUGUAUUUUACGGGUAUAGCUUGUUCUCAUAUGCUAGUUAUGACAUGAUAGUUCUGUAUCCCUUUUGACUCGUACACAGUCUCUCUUUUAUUCCCACCCUCAGCACUGAGAUUUGAACCUUGUCGUUGAGCAUAUCCUUGAGCAGUGUGCCACUGAGCUAUGCCUCCAGCUCCCUCAAACAGUCUCUUUUAAAGGUUAUUAGUUUCCACAUUCCAUGUGAAGUAGCAUUGGAUGCCUCCAGUCUGUUCCUGGAAAGGCAACAAAACCAGACAAAUAAUGCAAGUAAGGUGAUCAUCUUAGGUGAACUGUCUUUGAGAAAAUAAAAGCACAAACUACUCGUUAUUGAAAAGAAACUUAGAAGAAUCAAGGAACAUACAUAUAUGUACAUAUGUGUGUAUAUAGAUAGGACAGUGAUAAUAAAAUGACUCUUUGAUCACUGAACCCUAAUUUCAACUCUAAGUAGCAUUUUCUGGCUCCAUUUCUCUGAUUUUUGAGCUUCUGUUAAAAUCCCUCACAUACCCAAUAAAACUGGAACGGCU